AUGAGUCGUCUCUGGAAGGUCGGCUCAAUAUUUUCUCGUCUAUCGGGUAUGGUUGAAGGUGGACAUUUAAAAGGAUCCGAAAUACCUAUUUGGUACUCAAUAUACAAACGUUUUCCACCAGUACGCGAACCACGUUUUCUAUCAUUAACUGAAGGCGAUAUACCUAAACUACACGAACCACCAAAAUUAUUAUUCGAUGAAGAUAUAAUAAGAAAAGAUUAUUAUGAAGAUGUUGAAGAUGGAGAAAUAAUUAAAUUAAAAAAUAAUGAUAGAAAAUCUCGAUCACAAGUAUUUAUUGAUGAAUAUUUUAAAUUAAAAUCGAAACAAAAAGAUUUUAUACCACAUCGGCAAUUAUUUCGAUUAACACUGGAAUAUUUGCAACAACAUGGUCAUCCAAUUAUGUUUAAAACAGGUGCUGAGCAAAAAUAUCCAGAAAUCGAACUACAAUCUGAUGAAACAAACCAAUCAAUUGAUAAAAACAACCAGCAAUUACAAUCCAAUGUCAAACAUAAAUCAGAUUCGAUACCUAAUCUAGGUGAAUUUGUAGCAGAAUGGGAACGUGAUAAUACAGAAGGUUAUUUUCCUUUGGGUAAAAAUACCUAUCAAUAUCGUCGUCUUCAACCUCAUCGUACUCAAACAUCAUUUGGUGAAGAAACUCUUAGUGAUUCUGAUGUUACUUAUCGUCGUACAGAUGGCUAUGUACAUUCAACUGUACGUGGUGAUGAAGUUAAACAAAAAGAGAAUCCAUAUAUGCCAGGUGAAAAUAUUCAACCAUUGUCACCACCAUCAUUUCUUCAACAAAAUAUGCUUCGACAUGGCAAAGUACAUAAUGUAUUUACACAUGCACAAUAUGAACAGGAUCCAUUUCUACGUUUACAAGAUCGAGUGAAAGAUCUAGAAUAUUGGAAAAAACCACCGAUACAUACUAAAGUCUUUCGAAGAAAAUUUAAAGCAAAGAAAUUCCUUGUUGAUAUACCGGGAAUUUAUGAAAAAAAGUAG